CCGUAUAACUCAACCUUUACUAAGAACACAUAGAGAACCUCAAAUACGCUCUUAGAAUGGUGAAGCCUUCUGCCUUCUGCUUCCUGCUUCUCCUCCUCUUCUUUACGUCUGAUGAAAAAUUGGUGCUCAAGGCAGAAGGGAAGGAUUGCCACAAAGUUUGGAACUGCAAAGGAGGCAACCGUUGCUGGGAGGAUUGCAGAAACAAAUAUAAUGGAAUGGGACAAUGCGAUUUGUACACUGCACCCCCUGUUCCCAAGCAGUGCUUUUGCGCAUACAAGUGCUGAUCAAUCAUCUUUACCCUAAUUAAUAUCUACCUAAGGCUUGAAAUUUGAAAUUAAAUAAAACUUGGAUUUGUUUCAGACAUGUUUACAACUAGAAGCUCAUAUAUAUAUAUCUCAGUUAUGUUAAUAUUGUAAUCAACUUUGU